GCCUGAGCAACAGUCUUGCUCGAUAUGCGCUCCUUAAAGGUUGUCUUCAGUUUUAUAGCUCUCGCUUGUAGUGCACUUGCUCAGGAUGGAGGUGAGUUGUGCCAAUUGAAGGAUGGAAACGUUGGAAGAUGUUUGGCGUUGGAGGAAUGUCCGGAGGUUGUCGAAUCCAUCAAGCAUCUACAGAAGCCGCAGACGUGUCGCUUCGAAGGACUGAAAGCCAUAGUCUGUUGUCCAACGACGCAUAGCGAGGUCGGGGUGAAGAGUGCACAACAAUGUAGAUUAAAUCAGGCACUUGUAGGUGACAACAAAGAUACAUACGUACAAGCAGAGUUCCCUCACUUGGCGGCUUUAGGAUUCGAUAUACCUGGAGGCAUCUGGUGGGGUUGCAGUGGAUCUUUGAUAAAUCUCAAGUACGUCCUAACAGCAGCCCAUUGUCUUUACUCCAAGCAACUAGGCGCUGUUAAAUAUGUUAGGUUGGGAGCGAAUGAUCUGAAUGGGACGGAGAGUAGCGCGCAGAAUUUCAAGGUUCUAAGGACUAUACAGCAUCCUGACUACAAAAGUACAGCGGUGUAUCAUGAUUUGGCAUUGAUCGAGCUGGAUAGGAUGGUACAGCAGACUAAAAGAGUGCGUCCUGCUUGCUUGAACACAAAGAAAACUGUCGCUUACGAUGAACUCUACACUGGUGGAUGGGGAUUGCUCGGUAUUUCGGAGCCACCCAGCAACAACGUCCAGAAGGUCCAGUUGCGCUCGGUGCAAAUAGACGAUUGCCAAAGGUAUUAUCCAGCUGGAAACACGUUGUCCCGUGGCGUUGUUUCGGAAUGGCAAAUCUGUGCUGGGGAGGGUGGAAAUGAUUCGUGCAAAGGGGACUCUGGUGGUCCGCUGCAGCGAAAGCACCCCGACAAUCCUAAUACAUAUUUAAUAUUUGGGGUUACAUCAUUCAGCAAGCGCUGUGGAUCGAACUACAGUCCGUCCGUCUACACGAGAGUAUCUCACUACAUGAACUGGAUUGAAACAAUCGUUUGGCAUUAAGCAAACGCUAUAUAAUCGCACUGAAAAUAAUAUAAAGCAAAUGUUUAAAUGUGUUUUAAUUCAUGG